UUCUACAAGUUGUGGAUUUCUUGUAAGAGAUUGCAUUUCUCCUCUUUGCCCUUUGGUGGGAUCUGAGAGAGAGCAGCUGUUCCAGUAGAGCGUGUUUUCAGCGGGCUUUCCCGAGCCCUUUCGUCUCAGGAAUCUGGACUAUGUAUUUGUUUAGCUGUUCACGUGUUGCUGUGGAAUGUCAAGGAGAAAUUGGGGGCCUGAACCCAGAUCUGGAGAGCCAAGCAUAAAAUAAUGUUUACAUACGGCAAUGAGGAUGAGCUUUGGGUUGACCUUCAGGACAGCAAAAGGCCGCUGCGUGGCCAAUCUCAGCCGGCAGUGCUCACGUGGAUCCAUGGGGUUAUUUGUGCCACCAAGUCCUCCUCUGGACCUUGAGAAGGUCAAAGAAUUACAGCACUUCAUCACCCUUUCCAAGAGACUUCUAGUGAUGACUGGGGCAGGAAUCUCCACCGAGUCGGGGAUCCCAGACUACAGGUCAGAAAAGGUGGGACUGUAUGCCCGCACUGACCGGAGGCCCAUCCAGCAUGCGGAUUUUGUACGGAGUGCUCCAAUCCGCCAGCGGUACUGGGCGAGAAACUUUGUGGGCUGGCCUCAGUUCUCCUCCCACCAGCCUAACCCUGCACACUUGGCUUUGAGCAACUGGGAGAGACUCGGGAAGCUAUACUGGUUGGUGACUCAGAAUGUGGAUGCCUUGCACACCAAGGCGGGCAGUCAGCGCCUGACAGAACUCCACGGAUGCAUGCACAGAGUCCUCUGCUUGGAUUGUGGUGAACAGACUCCCCGCGGGGUGCUGCAGGAGCGGUUUGAAGUCUUGAACCCCAGCUGGAGUGCCGAGGCCCAUGGCCUGGCUCCCGAUGGCGACGUCUUUCUCACAGAGGAGGAGGUACAGAGCUUUCGGGUCCCAUCCUGCGCUCGAUGUGGAGGCCGCCUGAAACCAGAUGUCGUUUUCUUCGGGGACGCAGUGAGCCCUGACAAGGUUGAGUUUGUGCACAGGCGUGUGAGAGAAGCCGACUCCCUCUUGGUUGUGGGAUCAUCCUUGCAGGUGUACUCUGGUUACAGGUUUAUCCUCACUGCCCGGGAGAAGAAGCUACCAAUUGCAAUACUGAACAUUGGGCCCACACGGUCGGAUGACUUGGCAUGUCUGAAACUGGAUUCUCGUUGCGGAGAGUUGCUGCCUUUAAUAGACCCGCACUGACCACAGCCUGAUGUUCCUGAGCCAGAAACUGGAACUUUCACUUGAAUCUUGCUGCUAAAGAUCCCUAAGAUUCAUCCCUUCUUCCUCUAACUAAUCGAAGCUCGCUGAGUGCAGCCUGUAGAGGGCAGCAAACCAGUAUCUCUCUGCCAGCCCGUCUCGGACCUGGGCAGGUUUCAGAGCCAAGCAGUUCAGAUCUUCAGGCUGAUGAGAUUUGCCCCUGAAGACAGACUUUCUCAAAGCAGCAGCUUCUCUUAAUAGGAAAACUGCUUUCACUUCCUUUUUAUCCACUAGGCAGAAGAAAUGGCCCGGUUAAUAUGUGGGCCAGAAUGGUCUUUGGAGUGCUAAUCUAGGGAUUUCACUAAUGUGGGGGUAAGGGGAGAAGGACAUGACUUAAUUUUAUGAUCCCAAAUGGUUAAAUGUCUUUAACUGAACCAUUCUGAUAUAUUUUUUGAAAAGAUGAGUAACGGUAUGAAUUAAUUUUUUAUUAACCAAGGAAUAAAGGAAUCAUUUUUUAAUAGCACACUAGGUUUGUCGGCUGUACAUUUAUAUAUUUUUUUAAAUCAGCGGCAAGAGAAUGGGGCUUCAUGACAUAGCUCUCUAAGGAUUUCUGCUUGAUUUCAACUGCCAGAACGAGAUACCUGCCUUGUUUUUGUUUUUGUUUGUUUUUUUUUGCUGAGGAAGAUUGGCCCUGAGCUAACAUCUGUUGCCAAUCUUCCUCUUUUUGCUUGAGGAAGAUUGUCCCUGAGCUAACACCACUGCCAAUCUUCCUCUACUUUGUAUGUGGGAUGCUGCCACAGCAUGGCUUGACUGGUGGUAUGUAGGUCCGCACCUGGGAUCUGAACCCAUGAACCCCAGGCCACCAAAGUGGAGCGUGUGAACUUAACAGUACCCUACUGGGCUGGCCCCUGAGAUACCUGCAUUGAAUCUGGUCUGUGGAAAGGAAACAGUGAAUUCCCAAGUGGGCUCUUAAAUUGAUUUGUUUUUGCCAAGGAAAGCAGCAAGACUUGUUUGAUUACUGUGUUAGCCAGAAAGAAUCACUGAACUAGGCUAAAGCUUUCUGCACAAUCUCAUCAAAAAGCGAAGCAGAUGAAAGAAUCACAGCCUAUUUCAGGUAGUCUUUUGUCUAAAAUCAGGGCAAGCAAUACAUGUUUAUCCGACACCUGCCUAGGAAGCAAACUCCAGUUAACUGGGAUAAUCUAAGAUCUUGAAAACAUAAAGAGUUCUUUUCACCUGCACAACUGUAGGUUUGCUCACAGUCGUUAACUAAUUCUGAAGAGGUGUAAGGUUGUUGUAAAUCUCAUUCCAGCUUUUUUGUAGAUGAGGAUGCUAAGGUGCUUUGAAUCAGAUUUGCUCAUUUACCCAAAGUCAAUACCAAUAAUUGCAUUCAAAUCUGGGUCUUUGAAUCAAGCCAUUCUCAUCCACAAAUCUCAUAAAUGGUUAGUGACAGUCACUGUAUUAAAGUCCUAAGGCUACAAAGAUACAAUCUCUUGCCCUCAAGUGUCUCACUGAGGAUGAACUAUUUCCCCCACCCUUAUUCUCUACCAGAAAGUGUCAGAGUCAUGCCUGGAAUAACAGAAUGCGAAAAAAUUUAGUCCAUCCUCCCUUCAUUUCCUUUUUGAGGAAACCAAGAUCCAGACUUACCUAAGGCCAUAGUAUGAAGUUUCAGAGCCAGGACCAGAAUCCAAGUAGACUUUCCUCCCAGUUAUUUUCUUUUUAUUUAUUUAUUUUUGCUGAGGAAGAUUCACCCUGAGCUAAUAUCUGUGCCAAUCUUCCUCUACUUUUGUAUGUGGGUCACCGCCACAGCAUGGCUGACAAGUGGUGCAGGUCCGCACCCAGGAUCCGAACCUGUGAACCUGGGCCACCAAAGCAGAGUGCACUGAACUUAACCAGUACACCAUGGGGCCAGCCCCAGUUCUUUUCUUUUUAAACAAUGUGCUUCUCUUUUGUUUGAAGAUUAUGGUUAGAAAGAAGUCAGUCUGAGGGGCCGGCCCCAUGGUGUAGUGGUUAAGUUCAGCACACUCCACUUCAGCGGCCCAGGUUCAUGGGUUCAGAUCCUGGGCACGGACCUAGACCACUUGUCAGCCAUGCUGUGGCAGUGACCCACAUACAAAAUAGAGGAAGACUGGCACAGAUGUUAGCUCAGGGCUAAUCUUCC